AUGUCUUGCCGAACCGCACUAGGGCUCACUAGCGUCGUAACCACUGUCCGUUUCUUCCUAUUUUUUUGUAUUUUCCACAAUCUCCAUGCACCAAUAGUAAACCGCGCAACCUGCUACCAAGUUGGUAAACCAAUUAGCCUGAACAAACUCGUAAAUUAUGAACAUGUCAGAAAAAAAAAAAAACAAUUUUCUCCUAACUUCGAAUGUGUACAAAUAGUAGGGGGGGGAACAAAUAAGAAUUCGUUACCUCAUGAAAGCAAAUCAAAUUUGUUACCUCAUGAAAGCAAAUCAAAUUUGUUACCUCAUGAAAGCAAAUCAAAUUUGUUACCUCAUGAAAGCAAAUCAAAUUUGUUACCUCAUGAAAGCAAAUCAAAUUUGUUACCUCAUGAAAGCAGAUCAAAUUUUUUACCUCAUGAAAGCAAAUCAAAUUUGUUACCUCAUGAAAGCAAAUCAAAUUUGUUACCUCAUGAAAGCAGAUCAAAUUUUUUACCUCAUGAAAGCAGAUCAAAUUUUUUACCUCAUGAAAGCAGAUCAAAUUUUUUACCUCAUGAUAGCAAAUCAAAUUUGUUACCUCAUGAAAGCAGAUCAAAUUUGUCCAUUUUAAUUACUUCACCAGAGGGGGCCAAAAUAUACAGAUUUGUUGUCCUAUUGCUCAUCUACAGAUUGAGCAAUAUUGUAUCUUCGAAAGAUUUUCAUUUCUCAGAUAAUUCUUACCUUAAAAAUAACACAAUAGUGAAAAUCCUGAACUUGCCAAUUGUGUCGAUUGGAAAAGCAUGCAACGAUAUUUUAAAUAACGAUUGUUCAAAAACAGACUUCACUGACAUGUACCAAAUAUUAUCGAUAGAAAAUACAAACUUCAAAAUAAAUCAUAAAAUAUUUUGCAAAAUUAACAAGAACAUUGGUAAAUUGAAUAUCGUCUUCACCCCCAGUAAAGCUAAUGCAGAAACAUUGAAAAAGGAAUUUAUAAACCAUUUGUUUAACAAACAAAAGGGAGAAAUAAUAAAUGCAAAAAAAAAAAUCAUCUGGAUUGCAUCCGCCAUUAGUCAGACAAAUUUUAAUGAUAGUUGUAGUAACACAAAAGGUAACUCUUUAAACAAGAUACAAAAAGUAAAAAAAUCCUUAACCAUUUUAAGAAUAAAUUGCUAUGACACAAAAAAAGUUACAUAUAAUAAGAGAAAAAAUCAAAUAAGAAAAAAAUCAAUUAUAUGUCUUAUGAGCAAUAGUACAGUAGUAUCAUAUUUCGAAAAUUUUGGAAACCAUUUUUCCCAUGUUGUUUGUAUGGGGAAAAAUUCCUACAUGAUGGCAAAAAAAUUAAAUUUCAAAAAUGUUCAUUAUCCUGAAGAUUCCAAAAUAAAGUCUUUUCUAAAUAUGUUAAUAAAUUUAUAUAACAAAUUAAGAGAUAAAUACGAUACACACUAUGAUAUUGUGUUGACACGAGAGAAACAUAAAAAUGAGAAACUGGCAAAAGCCUUAACUAAGGAAGGAAUACCAUAUCGAAUUGUACCAUGCAUAAAAACACAGUAUCACAAAAAAAAUAUUCAGUUACUUUAUUCAAUCAUUUCAUCUCACAUGUGA